CCCCUCCACACUCGAACCAGUGGUGGGAAGGAGCCUGCCUGAGGCCCUGCAGUCUGAGAAAAAGAUGCAAAUGUAUGAUCACUAGCUAGCCCAGUGGACGGGCCCAGGCGCGUAGUGCUUGAUGGACUAAUCGACACAGCCGCAUGAGUCAUAUCUAGGUAGAAUCAAGUUACCGAGAGGGCUUUUAUAUGGACAGCGAGAACAACAGCUGACAGCCUUACCAUCCCCCCCUUGUCUGCCACUAUGUCUCUCACAGCAGAAGAGAAACCAUGGACCCUCCAUGCUGGACUCUAUACGAGGCCUCUGUACGGGUCGGAGUUGUCGAACCAUGAUUUUGCUGAAGUGUCGGAUGGCUCAAAUGUAUUUUGCAUGGGGGUGUCUUUCACAUGCAUCAUCCCUCAGUCCCAGCUAGUAUCUUCUAUCCACAACGCGUUAUGUUUCAUGAGAUUUUCUUCCCCGCUUCUAGCAGCGACCGUUGAUAAACACGGUCCAGAUCCAACCGUUCCUAUGGCAAAGUCAUGGUUGUAUGAACCCGUUUGCACUCUUGAAGAUGCAAAGAAAUGGGCGGAAGCAAGCCUCACGGUGCACAGAACAACAAUGUCUGACGACGAUUUUGUCUUUUCCAUGAAUCAGGUCCGGCUGCCUUACACAAAUGGCGAUGAGCUUAUCAUCAAGCAACAUUUCGGUUGCCACCUUGUUCUACGCCCCAGCGGGUUGCACUCGAUUUUUUUCCACACUGCCCAUUAUCUCGCGGAUGCCUUCGCCAUAUACAAUGCUCUCUAUCGUAUUUUUGACUUCAUUACUGAUGACACUCAUCCGUCCCUUGACUCCCUUGAUUGGGGCCAAGAGUGGAGAAACCUUCCGGUUGGUCCUGUCACUGCCACUGGAGGGCCAAGGGAUGGUUGGGAGGCUGGAGUAGAGGCCUUAAAUACUGCGGCACGCCAGGCGAUGGAACAUCAACAGCACUCGAAAGGUCUGAUACCACAACGAGAUCAAAUUCUUGUGCGAGGAAUAUCCGCGUGCAUCCAUCGAAUACUAGAUGCAAAAAUGUUCAAGGAAAUUCUUGAUGCACUGGCGUUGACAGACUUCACUGUCACCCAGCUUUUCGAAGCAGCUCAGAUACUUACUGUUCUGAAGGCCCAUCACCCGGAACUUCUUCGCGAAGACAAGGCAAAUGUUAUACUGGACUUCACAGUUAUAGCGUACCAACGAUUUCUAGUUCUACCCUACAACGCACGUUCGCAUCAUGUCUCAUUCGCGUGCACUUUCCCCAUGGUCGUCUAUGCGAGCGACGUGCCUUGGGAGGCAAGUCCAAAAGCACAAUUACUUGCGGUCAUGGCGAAGAUCAAGGAGCAAUACUCGAUCCGGCUGUCCAACAAGCAUCUUCCUCACAUCGGAUCCAGUCAAUAUGAUUCCCAAGACAAUCCAAAUGCACUCGCAAUCACCAACCUCAAAAAGGUCGAGGAUAGCCUCCCUCUCAAUUGGCCCAUAGGAGCUCAGAACCCAAUGGUGCAAAUUUCGGACAUGAGCCUCGGGCAUAGAUUGACAGAUUUUUAUCGUCCAUUGACGCACGUAUGGUCCUUGCGCUCUGAAUUGCACCUUCACCUUGAUUUCUGCGACGUGUACGAUAAAUCAUACAUGGAAGAAUUUUUGGACAGCACGACUGCCAUUGCCCUCUGGAUCACUGACCGGGACGCAUAGGCAAGUGUCGGCGGUGAGAUUAGCUCUCAUAGUCAACCAAGGCACGAAAGCAUUUUGAGUUUGUAGAUGUAGGUAGACUGAGAGUAGUUAAUCAGCAACCAGCUACUUUGUAAAUUGUGGGUGGAGCGAACGCAUGUGUUGAGUGCGACCGUUUCGAAACCAUCGUG